UGCACACUCAGUGACACGCUAUGUGGAAGGAAGAGAGUCUUGCUUCCGCUGGACGGUGUGUUCGGGCAGUGCUACUCGCCGAAUAGCGGUGCGCCUGAACCUACCGUAAUAGAUCAUCUAGAUGACACACAAUUGGAACUACUACGUUUAGAACUUACCAGGUUAGCAAAACAGGGUCUUGAGUGGCCAGAUCAACGUGCACAAUGUGUGCUUUCCUACUUCAAACUCUCAAUGUACUACGGCCUACAGUACGACCCGGACUUUUGUCAAGUUCGGAACCCGGCCAACAUUUGGGCUCUAAUACAGCUUAUUGAAAUGAGCUUGAACGAAGAUCCGACAGUAACAGAGCAGGAAGCAGCUGAAAGUCCAACUGUUGUCGAAGACAUCGACAUGAGCGAUGACGCCAACAGAGUUCCAGUUCAACUACCUGAAGCUGACGACGGGACAAUCGACGGUGUUGUUCCGCUUGAGGAGCAGGAUGUCGACCCGGCCGACAAUGAUACAGAGUUGGCAUCAGAUUCGGUUCCGGAGGGAGAAAUCCAGAGCAUCCUCGAUCAGAUCCAGGAACCAGCACCCCAACUUGACGUCCAAGAGUUGAGCGGGCAGGACGAGAACGGCGAUCCAGAGGUUGAGGACUACAUUGAGCGAAUCAUUUAUCCGCAACUUUCUGAUGAGCAACUGAAUGAACUGAUUAGUCGACUUUUCAUCCUCAAGAACAAUCUCGCUGAUGGCGAUAAUGUUGGCCCUGAUCAAGGUAAGAGCCGCUCC